AUGAAGAAUCGACGAGUAAAACUUCAUAAAAAAUCUAUAAAAAAUGAAGAACAUGUUUAUAUUGAAUUAGAUACAAAAUGCAGUUGUCCGCAAACAUCUAGUAAUGAUCAUGCAUCUAUUCAAUUUGCUCGUCGUUAUCUUGAAUGUCAAGGUUCAAUGCCUAUACGUAUUCUUCGUUCAUAUAUUGAACAAGUUUUACCCCAUUCACCGAUGACACAAGUAUCAAUUUAUGAUUUUAAUGAUAAACUAUUGAAUGAUUCUGUUUGUCUAAAAGACCUUUCAUUACCAUCAUCAACAUUAUAUAUACCUCUUCGUUUUACAAUGGUAAAUACAGUAACAUCAUUUGGUCAUUGUUUAUGUUCAUCUCCGCCAUCUCCGAUAAAAACUUCUUCAUCAUUUUCUCCAACAAUAAUCCGACGUGAAACAAUCAAUCGAACAUUAUCAACAUGUCCAUUAGUUCCAACACCCCCACAUUCACCAUCUUCAUCAACUUCUAUAUCGCCGAUUUUAUCGAAAAAUCCAUUACCUAUUGUUAAUCUUCUAACUCCACCAUCGCCUUCACAUUAUUCAUCAUUUUUAAUUGAUAAUAUUGUUGAAUCGAAUUCUAAUGAUCAAUCUAUAAUUGAUAAAAUAACAUCCGAAUUUGGUGAAAUAUGUCCAACAUUACCACUAGUAAAACGAAAACGACAACGAUUAUUAAAAAAAAUUAUGCCUAAAUCUUCUCCUUUAUCAUCGUCAUCACCGUCAGAUAGUCCUCUUGAUCUCACUGUCAAAAAACGUCCAACUUCAUUCGAUUUGUUUACUAUACAAUCGAAAUGGUUAAAAAUGAUCUAG